UUCUUGGUUGCCACUUCUUUACGUCUACUCCAAUAAAUAUACUUGUUUGUCCUUUCGGAGCUAGGCCCUGUCCUCUCUCUACUUCCACCUAUCUCCAACCCCUCUCCCCUGCUCUGUCCUCCCACCCACAGUCGGAAUGGCCUCUACCCCGCUUGCCAGCGCAAACGCCGCUGAUCCCUCCUCCUCCCGCAAGGUCUUCACCAUCGGAACACGCAAGUCCAAGCUCGCCCUGCUGCAGACCGACCUCGUCCAGGCCGCCCUCAAGGCCAAAUGGCCCCAAUACGAAUUCAAGAUUCACUCGCGCGAAACCGCCGGUGAUCAGAACACCACCAUCGCGCUACGGGACUUCACCACCAAGAAUCUGUGGACCCAAGAAUUGGAGGAGCUGUUGAUGGCCGGUCAUGUGGAUCUCAUCGUGCAUUCGCUCAAGGAUGUCCCCACCCUGCUGCCGCCCUCCUGCACGUUGGGCCCGAUGAUGGACCGGGAGGAUACGCGCGACGUCUUGGUCGUCAAGCAGGGAUUGUCAUACAAGAGCUUGGCCGACCUGCCUGCGGGCUCGGUGGUGGGCACUUCCUCCAUCCGCCGGACCGCUCAAUUGGCUCGGCGCUACCCCCAUCUCAAGGUCACGGAUGUUCGGGGAAACAUCGGCACCCGUCUGUCGAAGCUCGAUGCAGAGGAUGGUGCUUAUACCUGUCUGAUCCUGGCCGCCGCCGGUCUGCUCCGUUUGGGUCUGCAGGAUCGGAUCACCGCGUAUCUGGAUUCCCAAAACGGCGGCAUGCUCUAUGCCGUCGGACAGGGUGCUCUGGGUAUCGAGGUUCGCAAGGAUGAUCAGCUUGUGCUGGACAUGUUGACUGGCAUUGGCCACCAGGAGACCACUCUGGCCUGUUUGGCUGAGCGGAGCCUCCUGCGGACUCUGGAGGGUGGCUGCAGUGCCCCUCUGGGUGUUGAGUCGGAAUGGGUGCGCGAUGCCGAUGGGUCAUCCAAGUUGAGAAUGCGCUCGAUUGUUGUCAGCGUGGAUGGCAGUGAGAGCUCCGAGGUGGAAGUCGAUGGCUCGGUCGAUACCCCUCAGUCUGCCGAGGAGUUCGGUGUCACGGUCGCCAAGGCUUUGGUCGCCAAGGGUGCUGGAAAGAUCCUUGAAGAGAUCCAGCGGAACAAACAGACCUCUCAAUGAUUUUUAGUGUAAAAGGUGUUGUGGUGGAGAUGCUGGUCCUCUCCUUCACGGAAGGUAUGAAGGAUAUGAUUAGACGGAUACCCAUACAAGAAGAAGACCUGCUGUAGGUUUAGGAUAGAUUAUGACAUAAAAAGCAAAUCACAAGAAUAUAUUUGCGUC